GGUAUGCAUGACGCCAGAAGUUUAGCGGCAGAAGUUUAACUCUAUCCGUCCACCAGUUUUACUUGAAGUUUACUACAUAAAACUGGCUCCACUUUCAGUGUUGGAAAGGUGAUACAUACACUAAUGUAGAUGUAAAAGGCAAGCCUUCAAUUUCAGUAUAUCGCGUGGCUUAGACUGAACAGUAUUAUCAAGUGUCAGAGAUAAAAUGGCCGAUCUAACAAACCUGAUGAACUGAUGAUAUUCAUCAUACAAUUGAUCUAAUUAAUCCAGUCUUUUUUUUUUUAUAAAGUUCUAAAGUUUAAUCGACCAUUUUGAGUAAAGUAUUAUGGCUUUGAGUUGGCGAAGCAAUCUCAAGUCUCCACGAAAGCAGACUUCUCUAAGUCCAGCUCAAACAAAGCUCACUUCACCAAGAGAACAACUCUCCGCAAACCUCUCACCUAGACAAGACUUAAAGAUGGUUUCUCCAAGAGAUGAGAAGAAUAUCGUCAAGUCAAGAUGGUCUCAUCUUAGCGCUUCGCCCCCAAAGAGCAAAUCACCGAGAAAAGAAAUAUCUUUGAGUCAAGUGAAAAAUAAACCGCGAAUAACAGCUGAUGAAUUAAUCGCAAGAAAAUUCUCUGCAGAAAAAAAGCCAGUCACGCCGAGACAACGUUCACAAGUGUUUCUUAAAGCAGUGCAGAAGUUUGAAGGAGAAAUACCUGGAAAGCUGUUAAAAACAGAAGAAGCACGAAGGAAUUUAGCAGAUGAACAACUUGAGUUUUGUUCCAACGAGUUAGUAGAUAUGAGGGAAUUUCUUGAACAAAUAGAAAUGGAUUUUUCGGUCAUAAGACAACGAAUAGAGAAAGCGAAGGAAGAUGUCUCAGAUUUAAGAAGGUCCAACCGAGCCUUCGUUGAAACUGGUUAAUCAGGUUUAAAUCAUAAUCAUGAUGAUCAGUAAAUUUGCAGAAUAAAAGUAGUUUGACCCUCAA